AUGUGCGGUCAUGUCCCGGGUAAUGACGCCAAGUCCCGGAGUAAUAACGAAAAGUCCCGGAGUAAUGACGCCAAGUACCGGGGUAAUGACGCCAAGUCCCGGAGUAAUGACGCCAAGUCCCGGGGUAAUGACGAAAAGUCCCGGAGUAAUGACGCCAAGUCCCGGAGUAAUGACGAAAAGUCCCGGAGUAAUGACGCCAAGUCCCGGGGUAAUGACGCCAAGUACCGGGGUAAUGACGCCAAGUCCCGGGGUAAUGACGCCAAGUCCCGGGGUAAUGACGAAAAGUCCCGGAGUAAUGACGCCAAGUCCCGGAGUAAUGACGCCAAGUCCCGGGGUAAUGACGAAAAGUCCCGGAGUAAUGACGCCAAGUCCCGGGUAAUGACGAAAAGUCCCGGGGUAAUGACGCCAAGUCCCGGGUAA